GAAACGGUUAGCUCUUGGCUUCCCAGGGUUUAUUAGACGGUCACGAAAUAGAGAAAACCGGAACCCUAGAAGCCGAUCGACAGCUUCGAUUGGUUGCAAACCGAUUAAAUCGCGAGGGAAUAGGCGGAGGGGAGAUGGAAGAAACGGGCCUCCGGUGGCCCUGGUGGGCUGCGGCCAGCUCCGCCCAACUGACAGCCGGGAUCGCAUGGUACCGGCGAGGUUAUUGCGGAAGCGGAGCGUCAAUGCCCUUCAAGGCCUUCGCCAUUGCAACCCUCUUCGUCGGUGCCGGCUCCACCGCCGUCCGCAGCGCUCUCCUCGCCGCUGGCAUCAGAACAGUAGACGACAUGAAGGAAGUCGGAGCUGGCUUGAGAAGAUGGAUGAGGACGACACCGGGAGCAGACUGAUUGCAAGGUUCAAAUUUCUGUUUACUUCCAUUUGUUUGCCUUACUACAAUGCAACGGCCCCCAAGCCUGAUUGCAUGGGGAACCUUUCCAAGUGCCAAUAAGAUUUUGCUGCUUCUUGCAAAUGCCCUCAAAGAUUCUGGUUGCUAUUUUAUUCUUGGCAUGUUUUGAUGCAACCUCUGCGACAAGUGCUUGAUUGUGUUUAUGUUGUACUUCGAAUUUACUGGAUAGACGAAUCUGGUCUACUUCCGGAAUUAUAAAAAAAAAUUAUUCCAGUGAUUCC